UGCGCCAUCUGUAUAAUUGCACAGUGCCACAAAUGUUUGUCCCGUUUGUUCACUCAUGGACAGGUUAGAUUUGUGCAAUUCAACUUGAGUAUCAUUCGGUAUUAACUAUACUGUAGGAAGGUUUAGAAUUUUCACGUUUUUACGGAUAAUGGAGGAAGUUGACAAUAUAAUCAUUCAUUCAUUGCGUCAAAUAGGCUGUGACAUAGGAGAGAAUAUAACAAAUCUCAGUGGUUUCAAUACUAACACAGAAUUGGUAGUAGAAGCAACGGUAAAAUGUUUGGACAUAAUAAGACCAGGUCUUGGAUUGUCAACAGUUUUACCCGUGAAUAUGGCAGCCAGAUUUCGACUAGGUGCUACACUUGCUCAAGCAUGUUCAGAAUUAGGAUACAAAGGUGAUAUUGGCUACCAAACGUUUUUAUAUAGCUCGGAAGGAGAUCUGCGAAAAGUUUUUAUGUUUCUUAUUGAAAAACUACCAAAAGAAAGUGAUAAACCUCUGAGUGAACCUGUUAGUAAUGUUGCAUUACUGGAAAAAUCUAUAGCUACAGCAAUAGCACAAAGCCUAGCAGCUCCAUGGUUGCCACAUUAUUGUCAUACAAAGGGAUUUAGAAAUAGAGGAAGAGCGAGAAUUCCUUAUAAAUCUGUAAAUUUAGAAGUUCCAAAAAUGGAAAGUAAGGAAGUAUACCAAGAUUAUUGCAUACAUUAUAUGCAAUCUGUGCCUGAGCAAGUGCAAAAUCAAUCAUCAUUUCUACCUUCUUUGAUAUCUUACAAUGCAAGAGCUCUUCAUUCACAUUCAAUGAGUAUUCUUGAUCAAAUAAAUUGGUUAAACAAACAAUAUUGCGAUAAAAUGACUGAAGCUAAUAUGCCUGGUGAUGUUAAUGUUCUGAACAGGGACUCGACAAAAAAUACAACAUUACCCUCUACACAACCUCAAAUAAAAGAUAAUGGCACUAGAGAAACUAAAAUUGUAGAUAAAAAAAUAUUAGAUAAAAUGGAAAAACAAGACUUACAAAUAGAAAAAAUAAAAGUAGAAUGCGAGGGUCUCAGAAAUGAUAUGGAAAAAUUACAAGACGCAAUCAAGAACCUAACUACCAGUGUAACACAAGUAACGACAAAUUAUCAAAACGAAGAAAAAGAAUUGACAAUUAAUGAAGAACAAAAGAAAAUCAAAGCAAGAAUUUACGAUCUGUUUCAAGACGGCGAAGAAAAUAUUAAAAAACUAGAGGCAGCAAUUGAAACAACAACAAGUAAAUUAAUCAAUUUAGGUAAUCAGUGGGAGAAACAUAGAGUGCCUCUAAUUCAAAAGUAUAGGCAAGAAAGAGAAAAACAUUCUACUAAAGCUAGUGCAAGCCAAAAGAAACUUGAUGAUAUAAAGUUAUUAAAAGAAAAGGAAAGAGAACUACAAGAAGAAUGUCGUAAUAAAGAUCAACAAUAUUCGCAAUUGGUAAUUGAAGUUCAAAAAUUACCCAAAGAAGUGAAUAGAUCCGCGUACACCCAGCGAAUUUUAGAAAUAAUUAACAACAUUAGGAAACAAAGAGAUGAAAUUAAUAAAGUACUAGUUGACACGCGUGAAAUCCAAAAAGAAAUUAACACGCUUACAGGCAGACUAGAAAGAUCCUUUACUGUUGCCGAUGAAUUAAUAUUUCGAGAUGCAAGAACGAAUGAAGCAUCGAGAAAAGCUUAUAAAUUAUUAGCCACACUUCAUUCUGAUUGUAGCGAACUUGUAAGUCUAGUAGAAGAAACAGGUGCAACUAUAAGAGAAAUAAGAGACUUAGAAGAGCAGAUUGAUUCUGAAGCUACAAAAAAUGUUGGAGCAAAUUUGGAAAGGAUAACUGCUGAUUUGAAACAAAUGAAACAAGAAACCGCGGAAUUAACGGCACAGUUACAGAAUAAAACUUCGUGAUUUUUACAUAAUCUGUGAUAUUAUGGUAUAUUAUUUGUAAUAACAACGACCAGGACAUUCCUUAUAAACGAAUACGAUUACGAAGACCAAAUUUUAUAAUUAUGCAAAAUUUGUUACAUUGCUGCCUGAAAAACAGUCUUUAACAGUUAUUCUAAGUUCAAGAAUAACUGUUAAAUGUGUGCCUUGGUCCAAAGUUGUAUACGUAAUGCUAAUCUUGCUUACAAAUGGGCCAAGAUGUGACAUGAUGGACUCAAUAUCAACGCUCAAACAGAACGUUAUUUGUUACAGAGCCUAAUAAUUUUUUAGCAUAAACUUUAAUUGUACAGUUAACUUUCAUAUUUCUAAGAAAUAAAUGGCUUUAGAAAUAUCUGCUAUAAACCUAUAUAAACGUUUAAGAAAAUACUAUUAAGUGAUUAUGUACAAAAUAUGAGAGAUAAAUAAUAUGAUACAUA